CCGUUAAAAGUCCCGCCUCACGGAGUGGCUGCGUUGUUGCUGACGAAAGCGAAGAUGGCGGCUGCCGUCUCUGAGCUGCUGACCGGAUGGUGCCUUUUCGGCCUGGCGUUGCUGGCUAUUCUGAUUUUCUGCUGGGUUUAUGUGCGCAAGUAUCAGAGUCGUCGGGAAAGUGAAGUGAUUUCUACUAUAACAGCUAUCUUUGCACUGGCAGUCGCUCUUAUCUCGUCAGCGCUACUACCAGUGGAUAUCUUUUUGGUUUCAUAUAUGAAAAAUCAAAAUGGUACAUUUAAGGACUGGGCUGAUGCUAAUGUUUCAAGACAAAUUGAAGACACUGUACUUUAUGGAUAUUACACUUUGUACUCCAUCAUACUGUUCUGCGUCUUUCUGUGGAUUCCAUUUGUCUAUUUCUAUUAUGAGGAGAAGGAAGAAGAUGAUGGCAACACAUGCUUGCAGGUUAAAACUGCACUCAAAUAUACUUUGGGAUUCAUCACAAUUUGUGCAGUUCUUCUCUUAAUUGGUGCUUUUGUUCCUUUGAAUAUUCCCAACAAGAACAACUCCACAGAGUGGGAGAAAUUGAAGCUCCUGUUUGAAGAAUUUGGAAGUAGUCAUGGUUUGACAGCUCUUUCAUUUUCCAUUAGUUCCUUGACUGUGAUUGGAAUGUUGGCAGCUAUCACUUAUACAGCUUAUGGUAUGUCAGCUUUGCCUCUAAACUUGAUUAAGGGAACUACCAGUGCGGCUUAUGAACGUCUAGAGAACAGUGAAGAUAUUGAAGAAGUGGAGCAACAUCUAUUAAGGCUUAAAUCAAAGUGCAGAGAUGGUCGUCCUCUGUCAUCAAGGGAUAGACGGGCUUUACAACAACUAGAAGGGAGACUAAGGACACUUAGAAGAAGAGAGAGGCACCUGGAGUCUGUUGAGAAAAGCUGGUGGACAAAGUUCUGUGAAGCUAUCCGACCUCUAAAGAUUGUGUGGGGAGUUUUCUUCAUCAUUGUGGCGCUACUCUUCACUGUCUCUCUGUUCUUGUCAAAUUUGGACAAAGCUCUGCAUUCGGCUGGCUUCGACUCAGGAUUUAUAAUUUUAGGAACUAAUCUGACCAAUCCGUUGAAUAUGUUGUUACCUGUUCUUCAGACAGUUUUCCCAUUGGAUUAUAUUCUUAUUACAACUAUUGUUAUGUACUUUAUCUUCACUUCAAUGGCAGGGAUUCGAAAUAUGGGUAUAUGGUUUUUCUGGAUAAGGCUUUAUAAAAUCAGAAGAGGAAAAACUCGACCUCAAGCACUCUUGUUUCUCUGUAUGAUACUUCUGUUGAUAGUCCUUCAUACAAGUUAUAUGAUCUACAGCCUUGCCCCUCAAUAUGUAAUGUAUGGAAGCCAAAAAUACCUGGUACAGAGUAAUAAGACAAUUGGUGGCCAGCCAAGGAAUGUGACAUACGUAUCUAAAGACUGUGAUGCAGAUGCACCUGAAGAUCAGUGUAUUGUUACUCGGACAUACCUCUUUCUUCAUAAAUUUUGGUUCUUCAGUGCUGCCUAUUACUUUGGGAACUGGGCAUUCAUUGCAGUCUUUUUAAUUGGAUUAAUUGUUUCAUGCUGCAAAGGCAAGAAAUCAGUCAUUGAAGGUGAAGUGGAUGAUGAUGAUUCAGACAUGAGUGAUGAUGAACUCUCUGCUUAUUACCAUUGACAGUCUUUUGCCUUCAAGAUGAAAAAAUGUAACAAAGUUAUGUUGAAAGUCAUACCCAUGUGGAAUUGGUAUCUAAGUAAGCAUCCUUGCACUUGUAAAAAUAGAGGAAAUAAGUGUAAUCACUUAAAGGGGUCAAAAAACGAAUAUUACUUUUUGAGUAUCACUUGCAUAAGAACAUACUGAAGCUGAAUAAUAUAUAGAAAGUACUGUUUUAUGAUUAAAAAUAGGUGUAACUUUCUGAUGUAUAAUUUGAACUACUGCAACUAUUUCAUAAUUCAAGAUGCUCUUUAAGUUUUCUUAAAUACUUUCAUGCCUAACUUGUAAGAUGGUGUGGGUUUUUUUUUUUCCAAGUUCACAAAUAAAACUAGCUAAAAUCUGAAAAAAAGCUGGUGCAAACAUUGCUAGAAAGAUUUGGAUAAGGUUUAUGCUUUCAGAAGGACAUGACAUAACUUUUAUACUAGUUCACUGGCUAAAAAGAGACUGUCCUAAAGUAUGCCAGCCAACAUCCACAUAAUUGAGGAGUUCCCAGUCUGUGAAGAAUAAGUCCUUUACAUACUGUUAUUCCCACUGAGUUCCAUGAGAAUCCUCAGGAAACCGUGAGGUGGCUUUUGCUCUAUCAAAGGAAAUAAUUAGUAUGAAUGAAAAUAUUUAGCAUUGUUGCAGUGUUUUAGUAUAGUUCAGUUCUGAAACUGCCAGGUGCCUGACUCAGUAAUAACCAAUGGUAUAAUUAAGCUGUGAUUAAUUUUUAACUUAUUUUUCUCUUUAAUGCAAAUUGUCUACUUUGAUGUUUUCUUUCGGUAUUUAAUGUAAAUGUUGUCAACUUGUUUACAAGCCAAUAUGUUUAUAUAAACACAGUUCAUAAAUAUUUUCAUCAUUUA